AUGCAGCCACCUGCGACAACCACUAUGAGUCCGGAUUCGACCGAAGCUCCAGUUGAGACAACAACAGCAGCAGCGGCUGGAGUCUGUACCGGAUGUCCCACUCGUGUGCCCGCAAAAUUGCCAGAAAAUGGCGAUGCUUGCUACGGAAUUACCGAUAAUCCUUUUCCGUGGACCUACAGUCUGUGCGAGAACCCGAACGGGCUCUGGGGAAAUACGGCGAUUGGUGGGGAAUGUGUAUCCGAG